AUGUGCCCGAAGUUUCUGCGCAAUCAGCGCUACUGCAAGAAGGGGAUGCUGAAGGCGCGAGAAGAGUGA